AAAAUUAGAUGAUGAAGAAUUUUCAGAAUUUUCAGAAUCUUGUCUACAAUUUAGUAAAGAGUUCGCUGCUAAAAUGUUUGUGGAUGACAAUAAAGUGGUUAUAACACGUGACACAAAUUGGAAAAAAUUUUUAGGCAAUGAAGAUAUUGAGAAUUCCUUGUUGCGCUUUACAUUGCUGGAAUCAUUCGAAUCUGCAUCAAAUACAGCACUUUUCAACAAGCAAUCAUUUGCGUCAGAGCAUGGGGUUCGACAAUUUUUAGUUGAACAUGUUACUCAAAAAUGGAAACCUUCAAACCACAGCUAUUAG